UUUCCCACUUCUGCGCGAGACGCGGUGAGUUCACCACGAGAGGAGCAGGUGGAGCGCGAGCAGAGCAGAGCGGACUGACGGACUGCAGGUGAAGCAACAGACUGGAGGAGGGCUUGUGUGGAUCUCAGUGUCGGACAAAAGGACGGAAAAAAGUGGGCAUUUGGAAGAGGAAGCUGAAAGUUGAGGAGUCUCUCUGUGCUGGCUGUGGACGAAGUGACUGGAAAGACAAGUGUCUCUACACAAGAGGUAUAUAGUGACCUCUCAGCAUGCAGCACUACGGAGUGAACGGUUACUCUCUGCACGCCAUGAACUCCCUCAGCGCCAUGUACAACCUGCACCAGCAGGCCGCGCAACAGGCGCAGCACGCGCCCGACUACCGGCCGUCCGUGCACGCGCUCACACUGGCAGAGAGACUAGCUGACAUCAUCCUGGAGGCUCGCUACGGCUCUCAGCACCGGAAGCAGCGCCGCAGCCGCACGGCCUUCACCGCGCAGCAGCUGGAGGCGCUGGAGAAGACCUUCCAGAAGACACACUACCCGGAUGUGGUGAUGAGGGAGCGGCUGGCCAUGUGCACCAACCUGCCCGAGGCCCGUGUGCAGGUUUGGUUCAAAAACCGCAGAGCCAAGUUCCGCAAGAAGCAGCGCAGCCUCCAGAAGGAGCAGCUCCAGAAGCAGAAGGAGGCGUCGGGGGAAGGAGGAAGCGAGAAGGAGGACGCGCCUCCCUCCACAGCUAUCCUACCCGAAACACAGCUCCCUCCUUCAUCCUCCUCAUCGUCUUCCUCCUCUUCUCUGGAGACAGAGGGUCCUGCGGUCCAUCCUGCACCGCUGGACAUGGAGCUGAACGUCACGUCGGCGGAACACUCCGGCAGCGAGUCGGCGACGGAGGACAAUGCCACAGAUAAGGAGGACGAGAGUAAAAAUCAUCAGAGAGAGGAGAUGAAGUGUGAGAGAGCAGUGACUCCUGGGGAUGUUUCUCCAGCUUGCAAAAGACUCAGCCCUAAACCAGACUCUCCCCUGAUCUCUCCGUCCGUGACCCCCUCCUCCUCCAGCAGCGGCCUGGCCAGCAGUGCUCCUCUCUCCCAGAGCCACUCCUACUCCUCCUCCCCUCUCAGCCUGUUUCGUCUGCAGGAGCAGUUCCGCCAGCACAUGGCCGCCACCAACAACAUGGUGCACUACCCGGCUUUUGACCUCUCCGCCCCGUCUUCACUCCCCUACCUGGGAAUGAACGUCAACAUGCCCCCGGCGCCGCUGGGCUCUCUGCCCUGCCAGUCUUACUACCAGUCCCUAUCCCAUCACGCCCAGCAGGUGUGGAACAGCCCGCUGCUGCAGGCGUCGGCUGCCGGCGGCCUCGCCAGCCACAACAGCAAGACCACGAGCAUCGAGAACCUCCGUCUGAGGGCCAAGCAGCACGCCGCCUCGCUGGGACUGGACACAAUGUCUAACUGAGGAUCAGACUGUAUGGAGGACAAACUACACAUCACCCCAUCCCACUGCGUGUCUGUGUGACUGUGAUAGUUCUCUAGGAGCCGUAUACCGACCCCCUUCUCAAGUAGACGGGCACAGGACAUGCAGAGAUGUCCAAGAA